AUGUCAUGGUCCCUGAGUGAUUCUGAUUCUGAUGAAUCGACCGACCUCGGCCCGUCUCUCCACGGAGGAAGGAAAUGUGAAGAAAGUGACGAAGACUGUGCUGGAGAAAGUAGCAGGACUGAACAGAUAGAUGACAGCUCUAGUGGUGGUCAGGCUGGGCCUUCAGGGUCAGGAAGGACUACUAGUACUAGUACUAGUACUAAUGAGAGAGGACGUCGUGAGGGGAAACAGAAGAGAAAAGAUGAGAGAGACAGGAGACCGGAGUGUAAGUACGGGCGAAAGUGUUACAGGAAGAACCCCCUCCAUCUCCAACAGUUCAGGCAUCCAGGGGCCUCAUCAUCAUCAUCUGAUGAGGAAAAAUCUUCCCCACCUCACAAAAAGUUGAAAACUGGGUCACCAUCUGCAGCUGCAUCAUCAUCAUCAUCAUCAUCAUCACAGGCAGCAGAGCCAGGCCCGUACGCAUUCUUCCUGACGAAAGUGUCCGGCAUCGCAGCCAGGUUUAACCAGACUGGAGCCGUGCACAUCUCAGAUAUUUUAUCCGCUGAGAAGGGAAAGUUGCUGGCAUCAGCUCAGUUUAACUACAUGAUUGACAUCCCCUGGCUCAGGCAGCAGUAUCCACAGGAAGCAAGGGGGAAACCCUUACUGAUUGUACACGGAGACAGCGGGUUGUCUAAAGUCAGGCUGCAGGAGGAAACGCACCACUUCUCCAACAUCCAGCUCUGUCAGGCCCGACUGGAGAUCAUGUAUGGAACACAUCACAGUAAGAUGAUGUUCCUCCUAUUCGAGGACGGCCUGCAAAUCGUCAUCCACACUGCAAAUCUCAUCCAACAAGACUGGCACCAAAAAACUCAAGGGGUCUGGUUGAGUCCUCGGUUCCCCAAACUGAGCGACGGAUCUAGCCCCUCUGACGGAGACUCCCCAACCCACUUCAAGGCAGACCUGCUGGCAUAUCUGGCUGCCUACAAAAAAUCUGCCCUGGAUGGAUGGAGAAGACACAUACAGGAGCAUGACAUGUCAGAAGCAAGGGUUCAUAUCGUGGCCUCAGUACCAGGGAGACAUCAGGGGGGACAGAAGAACCAGUGGGGUCACCUGAAACUACGACAGGUGUUCCAAGAGAGAGGUCCACCUGCAGACCAGGUGAAAGGUUGGCCUGUGAUUGGCCAGUUCUCCAGUAUCGGGUCCCUCGGUGCCGACGCCCAGAAAUGGCUGUGUGGAGAAUGGUUGUCCAGUCUGGCUGCAGUGAAGGGGAAACCAAGCCUCAUGAUGGGCACCAGACAGCCGCAGCUACAGUUGAUUUACCCAAGUGUGAACAAUGUUCGGACCAGUCUGGAAGGAUACCCAGCUGGUGGGUCGCUACCUUACAGCAUCAAUACUGCCAGGAAGCAGCCAUACCUGAACAAGUUCCUGCACCAGUGGAGUGCCAGUGCCCGAGGUAGGACUAGAGCUUCCCCACACAUCAAAACCUACACCAGAACAUCUCCUGACUACAGCAGACUGGCCUGGUUCCUGGUUACCAGUGCUAACCUGUCCAAGGCAGCCUGGGGAGCCCUGGAGAAAAACGGUGCCCAGCUGAUGAUCAGGUCCUACGAGAUCGGAGUUCUCUUCCUCCCUCAGGACUUUGGUGAGGACACAACAUUUGCUGUGCACGCCUCCAACUCUGAACCCUUCCCCAUUCCAUAUGACCUGCCACCACUUCCUUAUGGCACAAAUGACCAGCCUUGGGUUGUGGACAUUCCAUACGUCAACAAACCGGACAGUCACGGGUGCAUCUGGCAACCUUCAUAAUUAUCAUGGAUUUGUCUAGAGUCCUUGGGGCAUGUGGAGAAACAGGGAACCAUAAUGUACAACAGGGAUAGGUAUACUGGGGUUAGGGAUACAAUCAUAGCUAAUCAUAACAUCAGGUUCAUUGACAGAUACCAGUAAGUACCAAAGAUUGCACAGAGAAAAGUAUGACAUGUCUUUCUUGAACAAACAAUGUAGUUUAACUGCAAUAUCCAAUACAAAAAUUGGACUCACUCAACUGAACAGCACCAGUCUUUGUCAAGGAAUGAA